GAUUUCAGAUGCGAGUGUAGCGAAGAGAAUGGAGACGCUAUACACGGGAGCGAUCCACGGGCAUCCCCAAUCCAACGGCGGCCUCGCUAAUGGAAUUUCCACGGGAAUCGCCAGCUCGUUCGAUCAGGACGGCGUUUUGAGUCUCAUCGUCGUCCUAGGCGGAAGCUUGUCCCUCGUAGCGCUGGUCUUCGCCUUCAUUACCUACAGCCUGUUCUCGGACCUGAGGAGCCUGGCGGGCACGACCCUUAUGAAUCUCUUGGCAGCCCUCUUCAUGGUUCAACUGCUCUUCAUCGUUGGAGUGGGCGGCGUUCAGGACUCGGAGCUGUGCAUUUCCCUGGGGCUGAGCCUGCAGUACCUUCGGAUGACGGUGGUCUGCUGGCUGGCGGCGAUGUGCCAUCACCUGUACGCGACGGUCGCGUCGAUCCCGCGACGCGACGACCCGCCGACCUACCUCAAGUACAGCCUGUUCGCCUGGGGUGCGCCUUUCCUGAACCUGGGGGUCGCCGUCUUUCUGCAGAUCCGAGAGGCCUCCGACAUCUGGAACGUCAAGGACCUCACGCCGUACAACUGCUGGUUCCUGGGAACGAAGCCGACGAUUUACGCUUACGGGCUGCCGGUCGUGCUGCUGCUGCUGUCCGCGUGCUACUAUCUGAUCAAGGCUGCAAUAGUGUCCAGGUACACGUGCAGCAUGCAGCUGGAGAUCAAGCAGCGCGAGAAGAUGAAGAGGAGGAGAGCGCUCCAGUUGAUCCUCUUUCUGAAGGUCAGUAUGAUCGUGGGCCUGGUGGCCGGCUGCGGAGUCGCGUCCAGAGUGUGGAAGGUUCCCUUCCUUUGGGCCGUUUUCUGCACAGGACACUCCCUGCAGGGUCUGGCCGUAGCAUUGUCCGUCGCGUGCAACUGCAGGGUCCUGAAGGUCUACGCCAGGAAGUCUUACAGGCAGCCGAAGCAGCAGAUCGCGCGAUCGAGCAGCAGCUUGCAAUUGCUGGCCCCCGCCCCGGACCCGGUCUAGAUCGACGGAAGCUGCCCGAGAGAAUCACCAUAUCCAAGGAGUUCGACUAUUUUUUCACGAAGGGGCCCCACGGAGUUUCCGAUCGGGGCGACCGCCGCGAUCGGAGAUUUGGGAGACUCGCGGGAAGGGCGCUCUGGGUGCGAUCGAUUCGACGGACAGCCCGGCGACGAGGCACGACGAUCGGAGGAAUACCGGAGCAUCGACUUCCGGCGUUUCCCGCGUUCCAGCGAUGCCCGAUCCGAUACGACCCGACCCGACCCGAUUCGAUCCGGCUCGAACCGGGCUUCGUCGAUCGAAGAAACGCGACCGCGAACCGGACUCUGGCUCGCGUCGAGGAAAAGCGGCGAGAAAGACGCGAGUGUAGACGGAGGAACGAAGAGGGGGGAAAUGUAUACGGGUGGAGAAACGAGGACUCCUCCCCGAAACCAUCUAUUCUGCUUGACCAAACGAUAUACGAUCCAUAGGUCGAAGGUGUUUCCUCCGCGUGAUUUACUCGGUUACCCGCGGAACGUAAACGAUGGGGGAUCGUUUGCGCGCCUAUACCGGCGCAAAACCGACGCCGUUCGUUCGGAACGAGCGUAACGAGACCACGGGACUCGAGAUCGGCGCAACAUAUCGUCGCAAAUAUCGCGGAUCUCGCCGCGCGAUCCGCGAUCCGAAUCGAUCGCGCGAGAGCAGUUUCUGACAUAUCUUCGUUCGUUCUCCGCCGAUUUCCAGCUCGCUUCGACGCCUUUUGCCAUCCGUCACGGGCUCGUGGUAUAUUUUUCUAUUCGCGUCGGACCGGAAGCGUCGUCUCGCCGCGUCUCGGUUCCGGAAGAUGCGUCGGUGGCCGAGUUUUAUUCGAGAUCUCGCGGUAAACGCGCGGAGGAAACGACGGCGAUCGCUUUCGAGAUUAUAGAACGCGUCCAUUUCGUUCGCAAAAACGCGUUUCGAACGCUGAACUUUGGGAGAAACGACCGCGAAGCGCGUUCGCGCGGUCGUCGAGAGAUUCCGCUCGCGCGGAAAGAGAUAGCACGGCGACGCCUUCGAAUCCCGAGGACGCAGCGACGAAACGGAAGAACGAUCAGGCUUCUCCGGGUGGUUCGCUGGCGAACGAGAAACGAGACGCGGGAAACCGGGAAUGGAACACGGCUGGGUAUCGAUCUAGCGAGGAAGGAAUCUAGCCGCUUUGUAUUUGCGCGCGUUCCCCGCGGUUUAUGCGGCCGACAUUCCGCCGCGAUGCAAUUAACACUCGGUAAUGACCUAUGCGAUCGCAUCGGCACGCGUAACCACCGGCACUCCGUAAAUGUAAGCGCAUGUAAUUACGACGAAAUAAUAAAUAUUUUGAAGUCCUGUA